GAGGGAGGAGGGUGAAGGGGGAAAGGGAUUCAAAUUUCAGGCCAGCCCUCACCCUCAUAGCUCCCUCCCCCCGACCAUUUGAAGAAAGGGAAGGAGCGGCCACAGAGGAAAUGGAAGAGACGAAAAAAGACAGGCUGCAGAUUUUCAAAAACCCGCAGGCUGGAAGUACGCCUCUCUCUUUGCUCUCUUCCGUCUCGCGAUCUUCCUUUGCCUUUUCCUCCCACCUCGCUCGAGGCCCAGCUCGACGCUCUCGCGAACCCUUCCCGACCCCAUCCCUGCCUUGAGAGAGGAAGACGGGAAGAGGAGCGCCAGUCCGCCACAUCGGGGAGAUGCCCCCUCAGCCGCAGGAGAGGAAGAACUUCCUGGAGUUCUUGAGGAGCCCCUAUGGGGUCCUGAGGGUGCUGCAGAUAGUGCUGGGAGCCGGGCUGUGGGUCACCAUCGCCGCCAACAAAUACGAGGGCUCCAUCCACUUCGUCCUGUUCGUGGCCGUGCUCUUCUGGCUGCUCACCCUGGCCCUCUUCUUCCUCACCCUGCUGGACAAGCAGGACCUUGUACCCAUCGUGGGCGGGGAGCGCUGGUUACUCAGCAACCUGGUUCACGACCUGGCAGCCACCGCUCUCUACCUCCCGGCCAUCGGGAUCAUGAUCUACAAGACGGAGAAGAACGAGUACUGCAACCUGGAGCACUACAAGCACUACUGUCUGUACAAAGUAUACCUCGUCGCCUCGGUCUUCGCCUGCCUCACCGCGGCCGCCUAUCUGGUCUCCGCCAUUUACGGCUCCUGCAGGAAGUGCAGGGGUCAGCAGACGCUCGUUUGAUGUUCUCUAAUCGGGAACAGGAGGACACGGAAGGGGGGGGGGGGGGGGGGGGGGGAGAAUGGUUUGGCUUGCUUGGCUUUCGCACUCUCAGGAGGAGAAAAAAAAAAAAAAAAAAACCUAUCCAAGCUAAGAGAAGGAGGUUACUUAUCUGCUCAGGCAGGGAAAAGUUGAAUUUUUGGAACCAAAAAAAGGUGUGUCUUCUGCUGUGGUUUGUCACUGCCUCUGACCAGAAAGGUUUGUUCGAUAUUUGUUUCAGUAAAUUAAUGCUAUCGUUUUAGUUACUGUAAAUGUGUACAUACAAAUGUUAUUUGUAUGUGUUUUUUAUAGAUCUCUUCUGAUGUUUAGGAAAAGCUGUAGAGCUGCAAAAGUGUGAAUAGUUUUGGUGAAAUGCUAGUAAUUAGUUGUGAUUACACUCUGUGAAAAUGUUUGUGGCUGUGCUUGCUUCCAUUUUUGACGCAAACAUUACAUGGAAAAGAAAAUGGACUGUCUGCCAAAACCAGGGGUGACAAUUACCAGUUUGCCUGAUCUCAUACAACCAUGGACUUUAUUUUAGUGCCUUUGUAGUGCUCUCCAACAUGCUGCUGGAGAGAAAGGGGGUAAUAUUAACACUGUAAGAUUUAAAGUGGAACAACAUGAACACAAUGAAAUGUGUGAUGAAUAGUAGACACUGUCAUUCGUUUUUCAGUGUCUCUGUUUUCUCGUGAUCCUUUUUCAUCAGAUGUAAAAUCGAAAACAGAGUGUAGAAUAAACACAAACUCUCUGAACUUAAGAAAUGAGAUGAGCCAA